AUGGACUAUCCAGUGCUCAAUCACACCCAACACGAAAGUAGACGAUUGCCUCGAACACGAGCGAUGGACUUGGAUGAUCCACCCAUGCUACAAAAACAAGACCGGAAAGAUGAAGAAUCAGACAUAUAUCUCCCAGCUGCUGCUGCUUCAACGAGUCACCAACCCACAAUCGCCGACGAUUCAAUGACCCUCCCACCGAUCCUUCACCGCGCAAUCAGACGACCGAAAACACUUCCGCGCCUUCCUGCCUUGAACAGACAUCUCUCAGCUACCUCGUCAACGAGUCAACAACCGACAAUACCAAACGAGUCAAUGACCCUCCCGCCUAUUCUUCACCAGGCAAUCAAGCGCACGAAGACACUACCACGCCUUCCUGCCCUCGACACGAAGCCCUUUCCACCGCCCAACAUGAUUUCUCACCCACUUCUACCCCGCGUUCCAGACAUUCAUGCUAGCACAGUUAUCGCGCCAGCAGAGUACUUUAUCAAUGAGCAUGGAGUGGUUUUGUUGGAGGGGACAUUGAGGACUGUGUGGAUUUGGAAUGGGACGACCAACAUUCCACCACCAAAAUGGGAGGAGAGACGUGUUGGGUUGGGAGCUGAGGACAAUGGGAAGAUGAAAUCUUGA